ACGAUAUCUAGAUCCCAUAAUUUUCAAACCGCGUAAUAAACACCCACCCAGAUUCAACCGACACUGGCUGGCCCCAAUCUUUUCGAUUCAAUUUCCAUGAACAAUCCGAUUCUUCCCACUUAAGUAUAACUUCAUUAAUAAUUUCUCCCUGUCUUAAUAAUUUUCUAUUCUAUUUCCCCCUAUUAUCAUCCAUUCAUUUAUUGAAACACAAACCCUAAUUUCCUUUUUCACCAUACGCAUCGCCGAUCCAGCAGCAGUUCUUACAGCAAUGCUUCACAAACGAUUCAAGUCCGCCAAAUGUAAAACGGCGUUGAAAUUAGCUACAUCUCGGAUUAAAUUGAUGAAAAAUAAGAGAGGAGUACAGAUUAAUCAGAUGAAGAAGGAGCUGGCUCAGUUGCUUGAGACUGGCCAGGAACGUACCGCUCGGAUUCGAGUUGAACAUGUAAUUAGGGAAGAGAAGAUGGUGGCUGCAUAUGAUUUGAUUGAGAUAUACUGUGAACUUAUUGUAGCUAGAUUGCCCAUUAUCGAAUCCCAAAAAACUUGUCCCGUUGAUCUGAAGGAAGCCGUCACGAGUGUGAUAUUUGCAGCUCCUAGAUGUUCUGAUAUAUCUGAACUUUAUGAUGUUCGAAAACAGUUCACUGCAAAAUAUGGAAAAGAUUUUGUUUCUGCAGCGAUUGAGCUGCAUCCUGAUUGCGGUGUGAGUCGCAUGUUGGUUGAGAAGUUAUCUGCAGUAGCUCCUGACUUGCAGACAAAAAUUAAAGUGUUAAGUGCUGUGGCGAAGGAUCAUAACAUUGAUUGGGAUCCUACUUCGUUUGAGGAGAAAGAGUCUAAGCCUUCGAGUGACUUGUUGAAUGGGCCCGCUAGUUUUGAGAAUGCCAGCAUGGCAAAUGUUGAGCUUCCGAAGAUUCAACCUGUGCAUAGCCAUGAAGAGAAGCAGAGUGCACCUGUUGACUUCUCUGAGCAAAACCGAAAAUACACACUAAAUACUCAGAAUGUAACCUCUACUAAUAGUGGUGUUGAAACGUCAUCUUCAGGAGUAACUCAUGACUGGAUGGAAACGAAACAGAACUGGAACAUGGAGUUCAAGGAUGCUACUUCUGCAGCACAAGCAGCCGCUGAGUCAGCGGAACGGGCAGCUGUGGCUGCCCGAGCUGCUGCCCAGUUUUCGAGCCAGGAAAAGAUCGCCAAUCGCCCACCAACUGGACCCCACGUGUUUAAUAGCAGAGACGAAUAUCCUCACGGGUCUACCUCUUCAGGAUAUCAUGGUGAAAGCUUCUUGGAUGAUGGAAAACCUAAUAUGUCGAAUCAGGACAUUGGUCAAAGUCAACAUGCUACUUCACAAAAAGCUACUGAGAGAUUUAAUAGAUCAAACAAUGAUUCGGCUGGACCCCAUGUGUCUAACAGCAGAUACGAACCUUCUCAUGUUUCUGCUCCAUCAGGAUAUAGUGGUGAAAGCUCAUCGGAUGAUAGCAAACCUAAGACGUCGAAUCAGGACAUUUAUCAAAGUCAACAUGGUACUUCACAAAAAGCUACCGAAACAUUUGAUAGAUCCAAUAAUGAUUCAAUUGAGAAUGAGACAUUAGUAAACAAUUUCCACAUGACAGAUGGAUAUUAUGAAAACUCCUUGCAUGAAGAUCAAGAAGGUUCUUCCUCUCCUGAAAGGGAAUCUAAAACCGAGUUAGUGAGUGAUCGUAAAGGAAGUAUUGAAAAUGAAAAUAUCAAUUUCUUUGCUACUGAAAAGCAACCAACUAUUCAUUCAUCUCAAUCUCAUUUUAGCUCGUAUAGCGAUGGACCUGAUGUUCGUAAAAAAGCUGUUGUUGGUAAUCCUUUUGCUGUAGUUGAUCAAGAAAGCCCUUUUAAAGAAUCCGUAAAAACAAGCACGAAUGUUGAUGAUGAUGUCAUCUCUGAUGACGACGACGACGUUGGCGGUGGUCCUAGGUUUGAUACAGGAUUUGAGUAUGACGAAAUGGAGGCUAACAUCUGGAGCCCUAAAAUGAACACCAUUGACAAACCAAAUUCUCAAUCGCAUAUUUUUUCUGAAAGUGUAUCCUUUGGUGACCAGUCUAUGAAAUCUAUAGAACCUUCGGAAACAGAUAAUUUUGCGCCCGCAAGUUUCGAUCAUUCCGACGGUCCAGAUUCCGGAAGUGAAAAUGAGCUUUUGUCUAUGAAUCCUAAAUCAUCAUCUGUUACCGAGUCUUCACAAACUUUUAAUUCAAGAAAAACCCGAAUCGAGCUGAAUGAUUUGGUUGAAGAGGGGACAUCGUUCGAGGAUGAAGAAAAACAAAUGCAGUCUCAACAUGAGUUGAAGAAACGUAAUUUAGACCAAGAAUUUUCUGAUUCAUCGGAUGGUAAUGAUAAUGGUGAUUCUACAAAUCAACGGUUGAACUUUGGAACAUUGACAGGUGGCCUUCGAAACAAAGGUGGUCUUAAGUACCCGCCUUAUACAAAAAGUGGAACAAUCGAGAAGUCAACAGCAGGAAGUCAAACUUCCUUUCAGAGCUCGUUAGAUUCAAGAGCGAGUAGGAUAGAAGAUAAAAAACCGAAGGUUCCUAUAUCAAUUUCAGAUUCUGAUUCAGAUUCAGAUUUGCAAGCAAAUAAGAAAGUUAGCACAAGACCGAUAUUUUCGCCUCCUGCUGCGUUCUUUAAUGAUGACGGAAUGGAUUCCGAGGACGAGGCUCCAAAACAAGUGACGAAUAAGGUUCGGUUGGGUUCGGGUCUUUCUAGAAGGACAAGAGGAUCUCCUUCAGUUCCUUAUUCGAAGACUAAUGUUGAAACUGGUCAAAUCAAGUCAACCACUUUCGAGCCUCAAGUCAACCGCUUUGCACAUACCAAACAAGAAGCUGUUCAGACAAUGCCAGAGUCUAAAAAUCCAAGGGGUGAACGCAUUUCUUCAAGAAUUGUUGUUGAAUCGGGAAAUAUGAAGGAUGUUAAAACACAGAAUGUAGGAUCUGAAAUGACGUCUGAAGUCAAGAAAGCGAGCCAUGUUCAUCCAAAGCUUCCUGAAUACGACUCUUUAGCUGCUCGUUUACAGUCCUUGCGAACUGAUCGGCAGUAAGUUUAUAAUAUUAUACUGCGUUGUGUGGUUACUGGUAUAUAAAUUAGACUUGUUCGUUUACCUUUGUUAUAUGAAUGAUUAGGUUUAAACCUUUGUUAAAAGGUCAUAAUCGGUUUUGAGUUGUUUGAAGAUAUAAAAUAAAUGAUAUUGACAAUUCUCCACUUUUUUGGAGACCA